ACACCGGAGUACCUUGCGCCGGAGGUGAUCCAGAGCAAGGGUCACGGAAAGGCCGUGGACUGGUGGACGAUGGGCAUUUUGCUGUACGAAUUUAUCGCUGGGUAUCCCCCGUUUUACGAUGACACGCCGUUUCGGACGUACGAGAAGAUUCUCUCUGGACGCUUCAAGUUCCCGAAUUGGUUUGACGCACGUGCGCGGGAUCUUGUGAAGGGUUUGCUGCAAACGGACCACACGAAGCGUUUGGGGACACUAAAGGAUGGCGUAACGGAUGUGAAGAAUCACCCGUACUUUCACGGGGCAAACUGGGACAAAUUGUAUGCGCGACACUACCCUGCCCCGAUCCAUGUGAAGGUAAAGAACCCUGGUGACACGAGUAACUUUGAGUGUUUCCCCGAAAGUCGGGAAGAUCGUGCGUCGCCCUUAACCGCUGCACAACAGGCCGAGUUCCGUGGGUUUUAG